AGGUAGUUCCUUGGAGCCUUCCCUGAUCCUCUUUGGGAUCCCCAGACAGCACGUGUGGGUUCAGCACCUCCUGACAGACGAAGCAGCCACCUAGAAGAUGCCUUCCCUAUAUGGACUUCUAACCUUCCUGUCAGCCACAGAGCUGCUCCUGGCCAUCACCACCUUCUGCCUUGGAUUCUGGGUGGUCAGAGCCACAAGGACCAGCGUCCCUAAAGGCCUGAAGAGUCCACCUGGGCCCUGGGGAUGGCCCAUCAUUGGACACAUAUUGACUCUGGGGAAGAACCCACACCUGUCUCUGACCAAACUGAGUAAGCAGUACGGGGAUGUGCUGCAGAUCCGCAUUGGCUCCACCCCUGUGGUGGUGCUGAGUGGCCUGGAUACCAUCCGGCAGGCCCUGGUGAAGAAGGGAGAUGACUUCAAGGGCCGUCCAGACCUCUACAGCUUUAGUUUCAUCAGCAAUGGGCAGAGUAUGACUUUCAACCCAGACUCUGGACCAGUAUGGGCUGCCCGGCGGCGCCUGGCCCAGAAUGCCUUGAACAGUUUCUCCAUAGCCUCAGACCCAGCUUCUGCAUCCUCUUGCUACUUAGAGGAGCAUGUGAGCAAGGAGGCAGAAUACCUCAUUAUCAAGUUCCAGAAGCUGAUGGCAGAGGAUGGCCACUUCGACCCUUAUAGGUAUUUGGUGGUGUCAGUAGCCAAUGUCAUCUGUGCCAUGUGCUUUGGUCAACGUUAUGACCAUGAUAACCAAGAGCUUCUUAGCAUAGUCAAUCUGAGCAAUGAGUUUGGGGAAGUUACUGCCUCUGGAUUCCCAGCUGACUUCAUCCCUGUCCUCCGCUACCUACCUAACUAUUCCCUGGAUGUCUUCAAGGACCUGAAUAAGAAGUUCUACAGCUUCAUUCAGAAGUUAAUCAAGGAGCACUACAGAACAUUUGAGAAGGGCCACAUCCGGGACAUCACAGACAGCCUCAUUGAGCACUGUCAGGACAAAAAGUUGGAUGAGAAUGCCAAUGUCCAGCUGUCAGAUGAAAAGGUCAUUAGUGUUGUCUUUGACCUCUUUGGAGCAGGGUUUGACACAGUCACCACUGCAAUCUCUUGGAGCCUCAUGUACCUGGUGACAAACCCUAGGGUACAGAGAAAGAUCCAGGAGGAGCUAGACACGGUGAUUGGCAGGAAUCGGAGACCCCGACUUUCUGACAGACCUCACCUGCCCUAUCUGGAGGCCUUCAUCCUGGAGACUUUCCGACAUUCAUCCUUCCUUCCCUUCACCAUCCCCCACAGCACCACAAGAGAUACAAGUCUGUGUGGCUUCUAUAUCCCCAAGGGACGUUGUGUCUUUGUGAGCCAGUGGCAGAUUAACCAUGACCAGGAACUAUGGGGUGACCCAAACAAUUUCCGGCCUGAAAGGUUUCUCACCCCCAGUGGCACUUUGGACAAGGUCCUCAGUGAGAAGGUUAUUCUCUUUGGAUUGGGCAAGCGGAAGUGUGUUGGAGAGACCAUUGGCCGAUGGGAGGUCUUUCUUUUCCUAGCCAUCUUGCUGCAGCAAAUUGAAUUCAGCGUGUCACCGGGGGAGAAGGUGGACAUGACUCCUAUUUAUGGACUGACUUUAAAGCAUGCCCGCUGCGAGCACUUCCAAGUGCAGAUGAGGUCUUCUUGACCUCAGCAUCUCCAAGCUUAGACUGCCUUAUAUGGUCACCAGACCAGGGGGCGUGUUCAGGGAUUUAACUACUUUAACUACAGCCAGAAACACUGAUUCUGAGUGGCCGGGCAGUGGUGGCGCACGCCUUUAAUCCCAGCACUCGGGAGGCAGAGGCAGGCGGAUCUCUGUGAGUUCGAGACCAGCCUGGUCUACAAGAGCUAGUUCCAGGACAGGCUCCAAAACCACAGAGAAACCCUGUCUCGAAAAACCAAAAAAAAAAAAAAAAAAAAACCACUGAUUCUGGGGAAUCAUGACUGCCUCAUAUUUUGGAGUUACUUCUCUAUAUACUGACCACAGACAGUGGGCACAGUCGAGGCCCACAGGAAUUUCAGAACUUCCCCAAGUUCAGCAUCAGCUAGGAGGCCUGAAAGGUUAAGGAGUUCCAUGGACCUCAGACAACUUCCGAAGAGCUCUCUGGGUUCUCGAGUGGCUGUCCUGUUUGAAAAAUGCUUCAAGCGGGUCAUGCCAGGGCCUUUCGGGUUUCUUUGACAAUUGGGAUCUACCCAGAAUAGAUGGAGAAGACGGGUCAAAAUACUGCCACAGAGGUGUGCUUGUCAUUCGCUGAGCAACCUUCCCACAUGGGUCUAGGACUCUGUCUGUCGGGAUCACCUUUAUUUAUUCUACAGAGGAAUAAACAAGGUGCCCCUGUCCUUGCAAAGCCCCUCUUCCUGUUCAGAAAUGCUGGCUCUUGUGUCUAGGAAGAUCCAAGAACAGAGGGACAGACUCUCUGGGCAGUAGGACCAUGUCCAGAGCAAAGGCAUGACUUUUGAGACAGAGUCUCGUGUAGCCCAUGCUGCCUUUAAACUUACUGUGUAGCCAAGGAUGGCCUUGAAUUCCUUGUUUGUUUGUUUUUUCCUGUUUUGCCAACCUACCAAGUGCUAGGAUACAGUCAUGGAUCACUACAUCAGCUCUUGGUCUCUCUUCUUUGCUGUAUAAAAUGUUCAUUUAAGAAAUGUUUAUACGUAAGUUUUUUUAUUUUAGCCAGUAUUUUGCUUGUACAUUUAUAUUAGUCAUAUCUUAAAAGCUUUAGAUCAAUGCACUUAAUGCCACAUAGAAAAUCCUAACUCCAGUAUCCAGAAAUAUAUAGACAAUACCUACAUGAUCUAAAUAAAAUAUUACCUGGAAGUAC